UUACUUUGUUAAUCUUGUCCCUUUUGGAAUAAGGUUAACAGCACCAAUAAAAUAAAGGGAGUUCGAGUGAGGACCCGAAAGUGAACGAACGUGUUAUUUAUGGUCUCCAAUUUUCUUUGUCUUGUUCAACCUACACUCGACCUUACGACUACGACUGCAAAAUAAUACGACAAUUUAUAAGAGUCGACAGGAUUACCUUAGUACCAGCCAUGAGUAAAUCUAGAGACAAAUCCAUCCCAGAAACAGGUAGUUCUACCUCUCCUAAACUAAAUCUUAUACCGUUUAACCCACGUGGAAAGCUAAGUUUGACUUCGUGGAUGAGACUGUUUGAGAAGCAAGCGGCGAGACAAAAGAUUGACGAACAGGAGCUUCACUUUUACAUACCAGAGUAUUUACAGCAUGAAGCUUUCGACUAUUUUUGUGAAAAUUUAGUAGAGGAAACAGAUUGGAACAAAAUUAAACAAAAAUUACUCGAAUACUUUCCACAGGAAGAAGAUGAUUACUUCACCGAGUUUGUAAAUCGGCGACACCAGCAAGAUGAAGAUAUCUUAACUUACUACAGAGACAAAACCUCCUUGGCGGAAAAAGCUAAGUUAAACAUGCAACAGACCAUUACAGGCCUCAAUGCCGGCAUAAACUCAGAAAUUAGAAAAUAUAUGAUAGCCGCACCGCCAACCACCGCUGUCGAAUGGCUUCAGAAGGCUACUAAGUUAAUAAAAAUUCAAGAAGAAGCAGAUCAUCCUCCGAAAACCCAGAAAGAAAAUCAUCCAGCAACUAAACCAAAUCGAGAAAAUUACACAGGAUCUCAACACUUUGCCAAAAACCAAAUACUGUCAUGGCUGCACACAAAGAAAACGACGCCAUCUUGGAUUCCACCACGAGAUCAACCCCAGUACAGAAAUUUGGAACAUCGCACGCCAUCUUGGAUUCCACCAAGGGGUCAACCCCAGUACAGAAAUUUGGCACAUCACAUGAGCACACCGCCAUCGCCUUGCCGUUUUUGUUAUCAGCAGGGAUUACCAGCCCAGCACUGGAGAAGAGACUGUCCCCAAAGAUAUUCAGCUCCUACUCACAGAGAUGUACACAUGGUAUCGGAAGCAAAUAAAUCAGAACCAACUUCACCAUCUUGACUAGUACUGACUGUUUCGGUGGAGAACAAGACGAUGCCUGCUCUCAUUGAUACAGGAAGUUCCAUCAGCCUUAUAUCCCAAGGACUAUUAGAUACUUUAUCCAGAUACUUUCAAUACCAAUCGGAUGUGAAGAUUAUCACUACAGCUGCAGGAUCUACCACUAGCAUGGCUAAUGUAUCAAUCCCCCUUAAGAUUGGAAGCCUAACAAAAAGCAUUACUUUACAUGUAGUAUCCAGCUAUUUCCCUUAUUUAGUUUUAUCUUAUCCAGA